UGGCACUCGCAUUUACACGAUUUGCUGACAAAGAGCCAGAACUUAAUGCUUGACGCCCCACAUCCUGGCUUAGUUUCGGCUCGAUGGUUGUAGUGGCUUCAUCUCCCAAUGACGUCCUAAUUCUUGGUCACCGCCGAAAUGAACGGCAUCGUUGUUGUAGCUGUUGCACUAGACAUAGCCUUAACACUGUGUGAAACCACUUGUGUUGAUUACAACACCAUUGUCACACAGAAUGUAUCAAUGGAUCACCACGCUAAUCAAAGAAUAAGAGGCAGCUCUGUGUAUGAUUGUGUUGCGCACUGCCUCACUGCUUCAGGGUGUCUGUCCUUUACGCUGGACACCAAAACACGCACCUGUUACCUCUGUCCUUACAGCAGUCACCAGUCCGACGUCAUCCCGCGACCAGGAUUUAUCUUCAGUGACAUCAAUCUCUGGCCUAAGUCUCCAGCCGGCCCCUGUGCUAGUGUCGCUUGUCCAAGCGGGGCUUCGUGCAAGGUGGACAGACUCGGAAGGACAUCAUGCCAGAAAGAUUGUGACGCGCCCUUGUCGGUCAGUGGAGCUGGAGUGUCCAGUAACGGUAACUUCCCCACCGCUGUUGCUACCUACACCUGCAACGACGGCUACCAACAGUGUCACGCCAACAACACCAGCGUCUGUCGGCCAACGGGGGAGUGGACGGCUGUGACUGGACUUUGCCAACAGUCACGAUGGACUGAUCCAACGGUGCCCUUUGAUAAGCCCGUUCCAUGUGGCCAACCUGAAACAAGAUGACGCUGUUGGUGAAAGGACACCCCACGGGUACACAAGAGAGGUUCGUUAUCAAUCUGAAAAGUGGAACAGAUAUUCUGCUUCAUACUGCGGCAUACCCUCCCACGACGAAAUUUGUGGUGAAUACAAAAAUCGGAACAUGGGGAGACCAAGUGGACUACUUGGUGUUUCCGCUGACUGUAGGUGGAACUUCUGAGAUGCGGAUGUUUUUGCAAGACGGUGUCUACACGUUCGUUGUAGACAACAUCACCAUCUUCAACUUUCCCGAGAGACGAGAUGGAGCGGAGGUGGACCAGGUCAGCAUUGAACAGGCUGUUCAGUUGCAGUUGGUUGAGGUUCAAUGAUAACACAACUCGUCGCCCAUAGAUCAGACUACAAAGAAAGCGACUCUUGAAAAUCUCCCGAAAGAAGCCACCGAGUUUUGAUAGAUUUGAAGAAUGACAGACCACCAGGUUCGUCUCGCUUCCCUGCAGAAGAUAUUGGUAUAUUUGAACUCAGAAGUGUUACACAUAGCUUGAAAACUAUUGAAUGAUCUUUUACAGAAGGACAGGAUGUACUUGUAAACGUAUUUGCGAAAUAAAAUUCAGGUGAUAUUUAAUGCAAUCUUGGAGGUUACGGAAAGGGGCGAGUGGUGACGAGUGUUCUGUGAG